UCAUGUUUUUUCUGCUCUUAAUGGGGGCUGGGCGGCUCAGGUGAUAGAUGCUAAAACCCUAAGCAGGGAGUAAGCAGUGAGAGUGGGGGAUUCCUUUUCCAAUCAGAAAACGCAGUCUUUUCUUUUCUUCAUCGGUCCCUGGGGAAGAAUCGUUAUCUUCUCGGCCAGCCCCAUUCCCAUUCUCCACACUCAAUGGACCUUCCGAUAAAUAUAUGCCUCCAGUUUAGGUCACGCAUACCAGACUCUAAAAUCCACGCCAUCAAUUCAACCAGGUAGCCAAACCGAAAUCGUAGACACAAUCCAACAUAUUAAUUCAUUAUUCCAAACGGUCUGUGCAGCAGCGAUUUCCCUUGCGCACUUUCUGAAUACUAAUGGAGAGGAACUUAGAAGUGUGGAGUAGAUAGAUGAGUUCAUAGAGAUCGAAGGCCCAAUCGGGCCCAAGGAAGAAAAACCCGAAGCGCGUGCAUUUGCGGCGAAUUAGAACCGAUGUUAUCGCCUCGGAAACCAUGGGUUCGAUCAGAAGGGCCGAAGCCUGGUUUGUCAAGAUCGCUUGCACUGUUUUCGUUCGCUCCAACUCGCUGGAUCCGUUCGUGGGUUAUUUCAGUAAGCACCUAACCCCUUCGCUCGUUUACGAGGUCGUCAAUAGGCUACACAUUCCCAAUUUGGGCUUCAAGUUCGUUGAAUUCUGUAGACACAAGUUGCACAUGAGUCACUCUUAUUUGACUUAUAGUUUGCUCUUGAGGUCACUCUGCCGAUCCAAUCUUCACCAUACGGCGAAAGUGGUGUACGAUUGGAUGAGGUGUGAUGGCCAGAUUCCUGAUAAUCGGCUGUUAGGAUUUUUGGUUUGGUCGUAUGCCAUUGUUGGUAGGUUGGAUGUUUCGAGGGAGUUGCUCGCCGAUGUUCAGUGCAACAAUGUUGGAGUCAAUGCUGUUGUGUAUAAUGACUUGUUCAAUGUUUUGAUUAGGCAGAAUAAGGUAGUUGAUGCUGUUGUUUUGUUUAGGGAGCUUAUCAGGUUGCGGUAUAAGCCGGUGACCUACACAGUCAAUAUUUUAAUGCGGGGGUUGUGCAGGGCCGGGGAAAUUGACGAGGCUUUUAGGCUUCUCAAUGAUUUAAGGAGUUUUGGUUGUUUGCCAGAUGUAAUUACGUAUAAUACUCUCAUUCAUGGUUUGUGUCGGAUUAAUGAGGUGGAUAGAGCUAGAAGUUUGCUGAAGGAAGUUUGUCUGAAUGGGGAGUUUGCACCUGAUGUUGUUAGUUACACGACUAUUAUAUCAGGUUAUUGCAAGUUUAGUAAGAUGGAGGAGGGGAAUUUGCUGUUUGGUGAAAUGAUUAGAUCUGGAACUGCACCUAAUACGUUCACGUUUAAUGCUCUUAUUGGUGGCUUUGGUAAGUUGGGUGACAUGGCUUCUGCACUAGCCUUGUACGAGAAAAUGCUCGUUCAAGGUUGUGUGCCUGAUGUUGCUACUUUCACUUCUCUGAUUAAUGGGUAUUUUCGACUUGGGCAGGUGCACCAAGCAAUGGAUAUGUGGCAUAAAAUGAAUGACAAAAAUAUUGGUGCAACUUUAUAUACAUUCUCUGUUCUUGUCAGUGGUCUUUGCAAUAAUAACAGACUACACAAAGCUCGUGACAUUUUGAGACUGUUGAAUGAGAGUGACAUUGUUCCACAACCAUUUAUCUAUAAUCCUGUCAUUGAUGGCUAUUGCAAAUCUGGCAAUGUUGACGAGGCUAAUAAAAUUGUAGCAGAAAUGGAGGUCAAUAGGUGCAAGCCUGAUAAGUUGACGUUUACCAUUCUUAUUAUUGGGCAUUGUAUGAAAGGGAGAAUGCCUGAAGCAAUUGGUAUCUUUCAUAAGAUGUUGGCUGUUGGUUGUGCCCCAGAUGAAAUCACUGUAAAUAAUUUAAGAUCCUGUCUUUUGAAGGCUGGAAUGCCUGGUGAAGCUGCCCGCGUUAAGAAAGUUCUUGCUCAGAACCUGACAUUGGGUAUUACAUCAUCAAAGAAAUCUUAUCAUGAAACCACAAAUGAAAGUAUACCUGUUGCUGUUUAGUGAAGUUCUAUGGCAAAGUGCAAACCAGUGGAUUGACACAGCCUUCCACCAUUAUGCCUUGAGUACUUGGUGCAGGUGUCUCCAGCUUGUGGAUCAAAGGCAUGCUAUCAUUGGGCAGGGUGUCUCUUGUUUCUGGAGAUUAUCAGUAUUUACAUUUGCAUUGUCAUUCCCUCCAAGUUUCUGCUGAAUAUUUUUGGACCUGACAUUAGGUGGUUUCCUGCACUUGCAGUGGUUAAAUUCUGUAAGACUUGGUAUUUAAUCGUGGGGCUUCUCAACAAGAUGCUUUUACUGAGAUAUCACAGUUGGUACAAAGUGCGCUUGAUGGGUACAAGGCUUAUGCUCUAGGAUACCCAUCAACCGAUGUGAAGUGGUUUACUCACAAAAUUAGACUUCAAUUUGAUGAACUCUGAGGUAAUUUAUCUUUCGUCUCGGUCAUACGUGAAUCCAUCACUUCCAUGUUGCUCAUGGAAACUAAAUUAGAUCGUGUUGUGCGAAGAAGAGGACGCGUACUAAGAUAAAAGUCAAGUUGCAUUUAUUUGAUCAUCUCGAGAUACUUAAUCUGUAAAGAUACUAAUUAAACUAAUACGUUGAAGUAAUUUGUUAUUUUUUAUUUUUUUAUUCAUAAAAAGAUAUUUUUUUUAUAAAUGUAAGUGAUGAUUUUUCUUUUGUUAA